GGUCUGCUGCAGACGGAAGAACGAAGUCUCCUCCCAAAACCCCUUGCUUGCUAUUCCAUACGCCACAAGAGCCAUGAGCGCCGCCAGCUCGGACUCCGCUGAAAUCGCCACUGCCUCCAAGCGCCCGUUCGAUCCCUCCGUUGCCGACCCGUCACCGCCUUCCAAACUCCAGCGGUUCUCCCAGUCAGACAUCUCGCCGGCGGACGCAGACAGCGGCGGAGAGGCGGGCGCCGAAAGCGAGGCGAUGGCCGGCGCACGGCUCUCCCGGACGCAGCGAUACCUGGUCGCCGUGGAGUACGAUGGCACCCGCUUCUCCGGUUCCCAGCAGCAGCCGAACCAGCGCACCGUCGUAGGCGUCCUCAAGGAGGCAUUUCACAAAUUCAUUGGGCAGCCAGUCUCAAUCUUCUGUUCUAGUCGAACGGAUGCAGGUGUUCAUGCUUUGUCAAAUGUUUGUCAUGUUGAUGUGGAGCGCAUAAGUAAAAGGAAGCCUGGUGAAGUGUUGCCACCUCAUGACCCUGAAGUUGUAAAAUGCGCGGUGAACCAUUUUUUACAUAAGAAUGAAGGUGACAUAAUGGUGACUGAUGUUCGUUGUGUUGCACCAGAUUUCCAUGCUAGAUACAAAGCUCUAGAGCGCACAUAUCACUAUCGUUUACUUUCUGGGCCUGAGCGACCGUCAAUCUUUGAGAAAAACUCGGCUUGGCACAUACCUGAGGAUCUAAAUAUACAAGCUAUGAAGAAAGCAUGCAAUAUACUUGUUGGGCAUCAUGAUUUCAGUUCAUUUCGAGCAUUUGGAUGUCAGGCAAAAUCUCCAGUGAGAACUUUGGAUGAGCUUACUGUUACAGAAGUAUUUCCUGUCAUGUUUUUCCCUUCAAGCUUAGAGCGAUCAGAGAUGGAAUCACCAGAUGGGUCUCUUGUUUAUUCAAGGGCAUCACUCAUGGGAUCUUCUGGAGAAAGAUCUGAUGUUUCUAGUACUACUAGUAGGAAAUUAGUAUGCGAGAAUGGACAAGAGUUUGGAAAGAGAUUAAGGCACCGCUGCUUUGUUGUUACUGCAAGGGCACAGUCUUUCCUUUACCACCAGGUAAGAUUGAUGGUCGGUCUUCUGAAAGCUGUUGGAAUAGGAGAUCUAACAACUGCUGAUGUGGAGAGAAUUCUGGAUGCAAAGACAAUGACUGCUGCACCUCCUAUGGCACCUGCUUACGGGCUUUACCUUGACAACGUGAAAUAUGACCCGAUUGUUUAAAGAGUGAUUUUGAGCUGGAGUUUUGUUAGCUAUUGGAUAUGUAGGAUAAGUUUUUCGAAUCAAUGGAUAAAUGAAGCGUUGAAAGAAGAUGUCACAAAGGAACCUGGCUUGUCAUCUUUUGUUCAGAAUUAUGUGUUUCCCAUAAUAUACUUUUGUGCGAUGCAUUUCUUAUAGUAGCGAGUUUCUGCAUCAAGAGGGUCAGAUAGUUAGCCAAGUAACAUUCUGGAUACCUGAAUGGAGGGUUGAAUGACUAUCCAUAUCGGGAAUAAUUUUUGCGCACUAACAAUUACUCCCUCUGUAAAGAAAUAUAAGAGAGUGAUCUAAACACUCUUAUAUUUCUUUAGAUCACUAACGUUCUUGUAUUUUUUUACGGAGGGAGUAUUUGGCAUUUAUGAGAUUGAUGAUGGUGAGUCCCUUUCUGAGUACUCCCUUCGACUCAGUUUACAAUUCCUGCGCGUAUAUCUAUGUUGUCAAUUUUAUCACCUUAAUAUAAACUAUAUAACACAAAAGUUAUAUGGUUUAAAAAUAGAACAUCUGAAUUUUAUAUUGAUAUAUUUUUUGUAAUAUAUGACUUGUAUUAGGUUGGUCAAAUUGACGACCUAGGGAUACGUGCAUGCCCUGUAAACUGAGAGAGAGGGAGUAUGUAUAUUUGUUUAAUUAAUUGGUCAUUCUCUUUGGACUUUAAUAGUUGGAUCUGAAAUACUUCUCUCAAUGCAUAUCUCUUAUUCAUUACCUUUCUUGGCCACUUUGCUUUAUCCAAUAUAUGCUUAACGAAAACAUGACACGAGCUCGUCAUUUCUUUGCAUCUCAGUAAAGAUUCCCAUGAGACAGUCAAGUUGGCCAUGAGGAGCUAGGCCACGCUUUGGGAAGGCAAUGGUACGGUGUAGAUGAGGCAAAUUUGUCUUGGCGAAUCUGCGGAUGAAAACGCCAUGCACCGAUGCGCAACAAGCUGAGCUGCAGAGUUGCCCCAAUCUCAACCACGGAGCCAGCCAGUGCCUUGACGUCUGUGCGCACCACGCACCCACCAAGUGGCCGGCACCUCAAACAAUCACGUACGACAGAACGCUGCACUCUCUUAUAUCAAAAAAGCCAAAGGAGAUUCAUUUCAAUCAAAAAAGAAAAAGGAGAUUCGGAUUAAAGCAGCGCCAAUCUUCACACGAGAUCGGAGUGGACCCGGACGGUCUCCCAUUGGCGCGUCCCCAGGGCCCCACACCUGGCAAACUACGCUUUCCUUUCAGAAUCACGCACAGUAUAGUAUAUAAGUAAAGUAAGUGAGAUGAAAUUCCCAUGGAAUCCUAUUUUUUAUGUAUGAGAAAGGCAUGGAUGCAAAAGAGAGCUUAAGAAACA